GGUGACGUCACAGCGAUGAUGCUUUGUCGGGCCGCCUAGUAGAGAUUUAAUUACUGAUCAGUGUUCGAGCAUUGUAUUAUGCGAGCUGUUUUUCUCUCUGUUAGCCUUAUUUUAUUGAUUUAAAUGUUUUUAAUUUGGUUGUUCCGUUUGUUAAGACCUUUCUUUAUUAAAUAAAACCUGCUCUCGAGUCGCUUGUCACCGGACAUUCGCGUUGAUUCUGGAGCCAGUGUUGUUGUUAAUGAGCGAUCCUGGGACGCGCGCUCGCUCUGUCGGCAUGUUCGGAAACCUUUCGGCAGGAUUAUAACCACCGGAAAACAGCACUGCGGUCAAUAAAUUUGUGAGAGCUGAGAUUAAAAACAAUGAUGGACCAUUUGGCAACUACUAGUGGCACCCAGGGACCUAUCAGGUGUGAACCCUCUUACCCUUCAUGUAAAAUGGCCCGUAUGGAGAAUUCAAGAGAUCUGCCUGUACCUGGAGUCACUCCUGUGACCUCCAAACAAACAUCAUUACACACUAACAGGAGGAAAGCCAGUCUGCUUCCUGUGUUCUGUAUGGUGGAGCACAAUGAUGUCCCGCCCUCAGAGAGGAAGAGGUCAGAGCAUGCAGAAUUUGUGCUGUUGGAAACAGACCUGCUGUUCAGCCAGAUUACAGAGGCCGCACUGCAAGAGCUGGGAUACACACACACCGCAGCAGCUCUGGCCACAGGUCAGGUUCAAGUUGGCCAUUGGAACCCAGUGUCCCUGUCCACAGUGACAGACACCUCUGACGCAACAGUAGGAGACAUGCUUCAAGAUCUUUACCAUGUCAUCACCUUAAGAAUAAAGCUACACAGUGUUUCUAAACUAGAGGACUUGCCUGCUGAGCAGUGGACUCAUUCCACCAUCAGAAAUGCCCUGAAGGAACUGCUAAAAGAGAUGAAUCAGAGCACACUGGCUAAAGAGUGUCCAUUAUCUCAGAGCAUGAUUUCGUCAGUAGUGAACGGCACUUACUAUGCCAGCAUCUCUGCUGCGAGAUGUCAGGAGUUCGGCGAGUGGUACAAACACUACAAGAGGGCCAAAUCUAUGAUGGGUGAAAUGAGCAGGCAAUGCAACCAACCCUCAUCCUCCAGCCAGCCCACCAUGUACCAGCAGCCAAUGGAAGGCAGUGGGGCGGAGUCAUGUGGUGUUGUCCAGAUGCAGGCUGGAAUGCCAGGUCUGGUGAUGGCUCAGCUCCUCUCACAGCAGCACGCCAUGUCUCAACUUCUCACACACGCUCACACGCACUCGCACGGACCUCAUCCUGCGCCACUAAGGACUCCUCCCAAAUGCAGUGUUUCCCCAACCACAGUACCUCAAUGUCCCUCACCUGUCGCCGACGUGUCACCUGAAAUUUACCUCUGGGUGCGUGAGGAGCUGAAGAGGGCGGGGGUUUCCCAAGCAGUGUUUGCACGAGUGGCCAUUAACAGGACUCAGGGCUUGCUGUCAGAGAUCUUGCGCAAGGAAGAGGACCCACGGUGCGCAUCUCAGUCUCUUUUAGUGAACCUUAGGGCCAUGCAGAGCUUCCUGCAACUCCCGCAGAGCCAGAGAGACUCCAUUUAUCUGGAGGAAAGAGAGCGUUACCUCAACUCUACCUACAACACCAAUACCAGCUCACCUCUGCCCAUUCAGGCAAAACUUUCACCUCUUUCCAAGGACAUUGUAGUCAAAGUGGAAUGCGAUGAUUCUGGAAUAAAUUAUGGCAUCUAUGAUGAAAUACAGCAGGAAAUGAGACGAGCAAAAGUGUCACAGGCCUUGUUUGCAAAAGUCUCUGCAGCAAAGAGUCAGGGCUGGCUGUGUGAGCUCCUGCGCUGGAAGGAGGAGCCAUCGCCUCAGAAUCGUACACUGUGGGAAAAUCUGUCUCUGAUACGCCAGUUCCUAAAUCUCAGCCAAUCCGAGCGAGAUGUUAUAUAUGACCAGGAGAGCAAUACCGGGCAGACGUUCUACUCUGAAAAACACACAAGACCACUGACUGAACAACUACAAGUGAUGCCACAGCAUAUGGUGCCUCUAAAACAGCACCAACAACUACACCAAAUUCCACCUCAGCAUCAUCAACACUUCCUCCAGCAGCAUCUCAUCACUGGAUGUCCCAAAGACUCUCACAUGGGCUCAGAUAUUGGAGGCAGGUCUUUACCACCAGAAGCCCAUGCAGUUCUGCAGAGUUUCAUUCAGGAAGUAGGACUACAUCCAGAUCAAGAGGACAUUCAUACGCUGUCUGCUCAACUGGGAGUAGCCAAAGAGGCUGUUCUUAGCUUUUUCAGUGGUCACAACUGGCUUCGACAGGAAGAACAGGACAACAGAGGAGAAGGAGAGAUUGAGGAAAGGGAAGACGAUUACAUGGAGGCAGAGGAGGAAUGCAGGAGUACAGUGGAAAAUGAUGAGGAGACAAAUGCAAACAUGAUGACAGGGAAACAAGAUGGUGCGGUAGAGCAGAAUGCAUCUACACAAACUCGCUUUAUCAUUACUAUUAAAAAAGAGGAGCAGCUUCCAUGUAAGGAGGAGCGUGAUGAUAGCCCCGCUUACUGCCAAUUCAUAAACUCCUAAAAAAAUACAUAAACUACUGUUCAAAAGCUUGGGGUCAUUUUGUUUGAAUGAAAUUAAUACUUUAGCAAUGAUGCAUAAAAGUGAUAGAAUAUAAUGGUAAAGACAAUUAUAACGGGACAACUGAUUUCUAUUUCAAAUAAAUACUGUUCUUCUGAAUGUUCUAUUCAUCGUCAUGGAUCCGAAAAAUAAUGCCCCUGAAAUAUUAAGAAGCACAACGGUUUUCAACAUUGAAAAUAAUAAAUGUUCCUUGAGCAAAUCAGCAAAGUAAAAAUUCAGCUUUGCCAUCAAAAGAAUAAAUAAAAAUUUUAAUAUAUUAAAAUAUAAAAAAUGUCACUAUAUAACUGGUUUUAUUGUGUUUUUGUUCAAAUAAAGGCAGCUUAGGUGAGCAUAAGCGACGUCAAAAAGAUUUUAAGAAUAUCCUACCAACCUCACAUUUUUGAACAGUAGUCUAUUAAAUCCCAUUUAAACAAAGAAACCGCAAUUAAACCGGGUGACUUUACAAUUUCAUGUGGCGUAUUUACGGUUGUGCCUUUAUGCACAAGGUGUUUUAUUAAAACGUCAUACUUUGAAUGGACUAUGGAAGUGGAAUAUUGAGGAUUCCAAUUCCAAUCCACAAAGGAAUUGCAAUGGAAAGUAUUCAUUAAACAUCACUGUUCUUAUGUCUAAAAAAGUUUUUAUUAAUAUUAGGGGUGUAAAAAUGCUCAGGUCUGACAAUGGAAAUUAAAUGGAGUUGUUACAGUAUUCAAUCCAAAUUAAGUCGCCAUUUUCAGGAAGAAUUGCAAAUUUGAAUUGUUGUUAUAGCAAAUAUUUACACCCCUAAAUGAAUAUGAUUUGCAAUUCUAUAGUAGUAUUAUAUAUUGUUUGUUUCUAGUUUUCUACUCAAACCCUCAAAUGAAACUUUGCAGGUGGUGGGCAAUGUCAGUCAGUGUUAAGGGUGGCAUAUUCAUCCAGACAGUGUUGUCUUUUACAAGAACUGUUGCCAGAGAUCCUGAAACCGCGAUGUAUUAAAUGUUAGAAAGAAACAGUACAUUACUGUAUUAUUGUCAAUAGAACAAAACACAAUAGAAACAGCACUUUGAAUUACUGUGAACAGUACUAUCAGUCUCUCUAAUGAAUUACAAUAAAUCUGUAACGUUUGUUAUUGUUCAUUAUAUUAAAAGCCAUUUUAUUGAAAAACUAGAAAGUGAGCUUUACAUGUUUAACUUUGAUGGUUAACAAUUUCUCUGCUAAAUAGAGUCAGAAUUGACAGUCUACUUAAAAUAAGGGAAAAUAUCUAGAAAAUCCAACUGACAUUUUAUUUUCAUAAAGGUCUGACAGUGUUGACAAAUAGUUGAGUGAAAUCAUGUAAUGUUGAAAAUUAGAAGAAUAUUUUAAAGAAUAUAUAUAUACUUAUAACUCUUUAUUCUUCCACAUAUGAGCAGCUUUCUUGAGUGAAUAUAUAUUUUAUUAUAUAAGAGUUAUGGUCUGAGGACAGGUGCUUUUAGGGGUACUGACUGUCAAUAUGUGAUUAUGAAAAAAUUAAAUGAAAUGUUUGUGUUACAAAAACA